AUGGAGACCUCAAGCCCUUUGCCUGACACGCCAGUGUCCCUGCUGAGAGCUAUUGACGGUAGUCACCUUAGAUGGUCUGACUUUCGAACGAUCGUCCUCAGUGCAUUUCGGAUCAUAUUCACAGAUAAUCUUCAGUUGUCUGAGCUUUCACGCCCUUUUUCUGUCAGAUUGCAGCCGUGCUUGCAAAAGCUUAACCGAUUCGACAUUCAAGAGAGAGAAUGGCGGAAACAAGUGGCGAAUGACAAGGGAUUCGGAUCAUCCAUGGUGUUCCCUCCCAACGUCCUCCCAACGACCGGCGUCAACCUUGUCCUCCAUCGAUCCCUGGCCCCAAAGCUCAACCGAGAGGCACUCCCACCGCGAGUUGUCAAAGCUCAAGAGAGUCUUUUCGAGCUGCCUGUCCCUCGACCAGGUCUGUUGACUGGUUUCACCACGCAAGCCUUCAAUGAGAGAGAAUUGUCGGUUUUGCCGCACUGCACAUCAGCAACAGGGACGAUUGUCGAUUUCGAAUCGGGCACCGUGUCACCUGGGACAACCACCUAUUGCCCAUUCCUUGUCUUCGAACGAGUGAACACUGCGUCUGAAGAUGCCGUACAGUCCGCCAAAAAUCAGUGUGCAAUUGCGGGGGCCCAUUGCGUGCGGGCUUUGCAACUCCUGUUCAGGAAAUGCACCAGCCCUCGGCCGGUCUUUGAAAAGCCAAUAUCGUUCUCUUGCGCUAUCGACAACUCCACCGCCCUUAUUUACUAUCACUACGUCGAUUCUGACGGGUGCUAUUGUAUGUCUGAACUCUCCAGGUUCAACCUCGAUGAUACCUGUUCGUUCAAAGAAUUUCAAGGGUGGAUCGAAGCCAUUGAGGAUUGGGGAUCGACAUAUCUUCUCCCAGUCAUCAAAAUUGCAUUGAGACAACUUCUCAAGAAAAAUGGGACGCCGCCAAUAUCACCUAUGCCAUCACUCACCCUGUCAAUCGAUACGGCUGCCGGAAGUGAGGAGGUUCUGAUGAAGAUCCUCCGCACCACAUUUGGGACAAUCAGAUGGAAAUGUGAAGGAGAAUUCGAAACCCCAUUGAACAGUAGUAUCGCUCACUGUGGGACACCACUAGGCGCCCGCAAAAUUAGGACCAUGGCGCUGUCUCCGACCUCACCAAUUGAUAUCUUAAGUGCCGUCUCUGGACCCACCACACCUUUUCCGGUGUGGCGGAUGAGGCCCGACUGGUCCAGCAGGUCUCCUGUUUCCCGAAGACUUCUUUCACCAUUGAAACUGCGAUCUGAUAUUCCUGACUCCCCGUGUCGGCGGGCUACCCUUUCUCCGUGUACUCCUCCUCCAGAGGCUCCCAAUUCGGCAAAGUCACCCAUGCUGGUUCUACAGAAGAGAGUCGAUUUGGCUAUGGACGAAAUACAAGAAUUGAGGGCCCUGGUACAAAAAUUGCAGAGCGAACUUGAGUCGAAGAAUAAUCAACUCGAGCUAGGUCAGAAGAAUGCCGAGAUUAGCAUGUGUGAAAAAGCCGGAGACGUCCCGAGUACACCGACAGCCACCAAGCAAAGCGAUUCGAGGGGUAACCCCGAGGAGAGCUUUCUCCCCGUCGUCUGUCCACCACUAACCCAUACUGCUGCGAGCCUCCUCACCUUCUCGGUAUCAUUGCCUUGGGUCCUAUUCGUCUUCUUCGUCUCCGCCAUCCUCUCCCACGACAUGUUUGAGGCAGCGCUUUAUCUGGUGCAGGCUCCUGGAACCACGAUCUUCUGA